GAAUUUUGAACAGGAGAUUGCGACUCAGCUUUGUUGGGAAGGGAUUGUUGCCUAGAGUUGAUCCACAGCUUGCUGUUUAUUUUCCGAAUCGUGUGUUUAAGAGGUAUCUAGGGAUGAUGGUUGAUACAGGUUCUAUGUCAACAAGGGCCGGACCCUCUAUGGAUACGGCGUCGCAGAAAGAUGAUGAUUCUGCUCGUUCUGGUUUUGUUACUGGUGGAUGGAAGAGGAAUAUUUGUGUAAAUGAUUCAACAAGGUGAAGUGUGGAACAACAGGAAAAGAAAAAAGGAAAAAAGAAUGCUGGUGUUUUAAUUUCAACUACUGUGAUUUUCUUGAUUAAUCAGACUAUUUGUAAGCUAAGAUUGGGGAUUUUGUUCUUCUCCCAUUAACUGCCAUGAUCAAGUGAAUGAAGCUGAAUUAAAAUAACUCUCUCUCCCUCUCUCUGACGACCACGACGAAUUAUGAUAAUGGUAGUGAUUAAUCUGAUAAAGGAUUUGUGGCGGGGUCUCCAUUUCGUUCUAUCGAUUCAAUUCUGGAGAAUGGCGUUGCUAUGGACACUUUCUGUUCUAGUUUCUCACUUCCAAUUGCUUAAGGAUUCGCUAUUUUCUCACAAAAUUGUAUAUCCAAGGUGUUCAUCUUCCACGUUCCCUAAUACUCCCGUUUGCGUCAUCACCGGUGCAACAUCUGGCUUGGGAUUUUCUACUGCAUGCAAGAUUUCCAAGGAAGGAUUUGUUGUCGUCAUCGUUGGAAGAUCAGAGCAGUUGUUAUCAGAGACCAUAAGAAAGAUCAAAGAUUUGAAUGAGGAUGCCCAACUCAAAGCUUUUCAGGCUGACCUUUCAUCGGUUGAGUCCAUUAUAAAGUUCAAAGAUUCUCUGCGGCAGUGGCUUCUGGACUCCAAUUUGCACUGCUCGGUGCAAAUACUGAUAAACAAUGCUGGAAUACUUGCUACAUCUCCUAGAGUCACGGCUGAGGGAUACGAUCAGAUGAUCGGCACAAAUUAUGUUGGCGCAUUUGUUUUGACCAAGCUUCUAUUACCACUUCUUGAAAACAGUCCCGUGUCUUCCAAAAUUGUGAAUGUAACAUCCUUUACUCACCGAGCUGUUACUAAUCUGCAGGUUGAUGAGGGAACUGUAUCUGGAAAGAAAUUUUUAAGUUCGAAGCAUUAUCCAUAUGCACAGGUCUAUGAGUACUCGAAACUAUGCAUACUUCUCUUCUCAUUUGAGCUCCACCGACAGCUUACCCAAAUGGGUAAAUCUCAUCAGAUAUUUGUCAAUGUUGCAGAUCCUGGGAUUGUAAAAACAAAUAUCAUGCGAGAAGUGGUUCUAAAGAAAGAAGAAAUAAAUCUGAUGAUGUCAUCAGAUGCACAACAAGAUCAGAUACAAAUUAUCAAGUAUCAGAAGCAUCUAAAGUGGAAUCUCGUUUCAAGAAGCUCUGACUCUGGACAAAACUGCAAAGUAUCAGAAGCAUCUGAACAUGAAGUAAAGUCUAGAAGCUCUGACUCUGAACAAAUGCCUUCUGUAAACUCUGAAGUUUAUUAGCGCUAUCUGAACUCUCAAGAAAUAACAUCAGAAGCCAGAUCCCAAGAUUCUCCAGAUACAUGAAGACUCUAAUCAGAUUUGUUAAUCAUGAUGAAGUAACGUUUAAGCCAAGUUAAAGUUCUGCAAAUGGAUUUCCUCAAUUAGAAAGAGACGUUAAUCUCCUCUUCCAAGAGAGAAGAUACUACUUGUGGUAAGUAGUCACUUCUAAAAGAAAAAGUCUCCUGCAGAAGCUAUUUAUGGAAUGGCGUAAUUACAUCUCAUUAUCCAGCAGAUUUAACUCUACUUCAACUCUAUUUCAACACUACUUCAACUCCUAUAUAAAUAGAGAAGAAAUCAACUUUCAGUAAGAAAGAAAUCAACUAGCCAAAACUAUACUGAAUUAUUUCACGCUCAAGAAAAUCAUCUUUGCUCUCAAAGAAUUUCACUAAGCUUUUGCUUAUUAAGUGAAAAAUCUGUUCUUAAGUUUGUAAUACUUGCUUUCCUAGAAGCACUCUAGAUUACAUAUCUUGUAUCUUUUAUUUGAUUGAUUUCCUCAAGUGACUUUGUGUGGUCUGUAGACUUGAGAGGACUAAGAGAUUUUCUUCUCUCUUAGGGGUUGUUUGUAAUCUUUCAAGAUUAGUGGAUUAAGUCCUUGUUGAAGGCGAAAUCACCUUGGCCGGGUGGACUGGAGUAACUUUGUGUUAUAAGCGAACCAGUAUAAAA